AUGUUUAGUGUCUGCAGGCGUGCAAGGUUUCAAUCAGCUCAAAAAGAAUCUCAUUUUACAACUGUUAAAAGAAUUAUUCGAUAUCUUGUUGGUACAACUAAUCAUGGUCUAUGGUAUCCAAGUACUAACAAUUUUACUCUUAAAGGGUUAUCAGAUGCUGAUUUUGCAGGUGAUAAGGAUGAUAGAAAAAGUACUAGUGAUACUUGUCAGCUUUUGGGAAAAUCAUUGAUCUCAUGGAAUAGCAAAAAACAAGGAUCUGUUUUCUUGUCAAUCACUGAAGCUGAAUAUAUUGCCAUUAGACAAUGUUGUGCUCAAUUAAUUUGGAUGUCUCAUUGGCUUUGUGAUUAUGAUAUGUUAUUUAAACCUGCUAAAAUUUUCUGUGAUAAUUCGAGUGCUAUAUGUUUGUCUAAAAAUCUUUUGCGUCAUUCUAAAGCUAAAUACAUAGACAUUAAACAUCAUUUUAUUAGAUAUCAUGUCAUUAAGGGUGAUAUAGAAAUAUCCUUUGUUAAUACUGAUUUUGAACUUGCUGAUAUAUUUACUACCUUGCUUGAAGAAAGAUUUUGUAAUCCCAUUAUGCCUAAUUAA